AUGAAAUCGGAAUUCCAAUACCACGAGGAUUACAUAAGAAAUUCAAGAGGUGUUGAGUUGUUCGCUUGUAGAUGGAUUCCAUCAUCUUCUUCUCCCAAAGCUUUGGUUUUCCUCUGCCAUGGUUACGGAAUGGAGUGUAGCGACUCCAUGAGAGAAUGCGGAAUCAGGCUGGCUUCAGCAGGAUACGCGGUUUUUGGAAUGGACUAUGAAGGGCAUGGUCGGUCCAUGGGAACUCGUUGCUAUAUCAAAAAGUUUGGGAACGUUGUCAACGAUUGCUACGAGUAUUACACCUCUAUUUGUGCACAAGAGGAGUACAUGGAGAAAGGAAGAUUCUUGUAUGGAGAAUCUAUGGGAGGUGCAGUCACUUUAUUGCUUCACAAAAAAGAUCCAUCCUUUUGGAACGGCGCCGUUCUUGUCGCUCCAAUGUGUAAGAUAUCUGAGAAGGUGAAACCACAUCCGGUGGUGAUUAGUAUGUUAACUCAAGUCGAAGAGAUCAUACCGAAAUGGAAAAUAGUUCCAACAAAGAAUGUCAUCAACGCUGCUUUCAAGGAUCUUGCCAAGCGAGAAGAGGUAAAAAACAACAAGCUGAUUUAUCAAGACAAGCCUAGGCUCAAAACCGCACUUGAAAUGCUCAGGACAAGCAUGAACCUCGAAGACACUCUCCACGAGAUAACAAUGCCGUUCUUUGUACUACACGGAGAAGCAGAUACAGUGACAGAUCCAGAGAUAAGCAAAGCGUUGUACGAGAAAGCAAGUACAAGGGACAAGACUCUCAAGCUUUAUCCUGGGAUGUGGCACGCUCUGACGUCAGGCGAGCCCGACUUUAACGUUGACCUUGUUUUCGCUGACAUCAUCACUUGGCUCGACCUUCGAACCGCAGACACGGCCUCUCUCUCUGUCACUCCUAUACGAGUUGCUACUAACAGUAGGGCUAGUGUCCAGAGGGCUAUUGUUGACGGCGUUUGUAACGGUCAAAGGAGACCUAAACGUUCCUAUUUCGGUCUCCUCUGUGGUUUGAACGGUGGCCGUUUGGUUCCUCGAUCAUCUGCUAUGCUCAACGAAAACGAAUCCGGUGAACGGUUAUCGAGACAAGCAAACAUGAGUAGGCCAAUGGAAGAAGAUAACAACCAGGGAAAGACAGAGGAGGAGGAAUUCAACACGGGGCCACUCUCUGUUCUGAUGAUGAGCGUCAAGAAUAACACUCAGGUGUUGAUCAACUGCAGGAACAACAGGAAACUACUUGGGCGAGUGAGGGCGUUUGACAGACACUGCAACAUGGUUCUUGAAAAUGUCAGAGAGAUGUGGACCGAGGUUCCGAAAACUGGAAAAGGAAAGAAGAAGGCACUUCCUGUCAACAGAGAUCGCUUCAUCAGCAAGAUGUUUCUACGUGGAGACUCUGUCAUUAUCGUCCUCAGGAAUCCCAAGUGA